AUGCCUCUCUCUGUCUCCUCUCUCGCCGUCGCUCCGGCCGCGGACCCGCGAGCUGGCGCUCUGUACUCUCCCCCCCUACCCGAAAGCGGCCCGCCUGGAGUGCCCAACACUUCAAACUACCAGUAUCUGUAUUCUGCCUCUCCGCCUGGCAACGCAAAUGGUGUCGUAUUUACUGCUCCGGAGUUGGCGCCUCAGCAGGCUCCUGGUUUUCUCUCAGGCCUCCUCCCAUCGCGGUCGUCUUCUGGAGGCUUUCUCGGCUUGAAUGGUUCCGGCGAAGGGAGUCCUGGCAUCCAGCAAUUAGGGACGCUCAUGGCAGAUAUCGCGACGUGUGACCCAAAAACGGAGGGCGUCUGUUGUCUCGCGCGGAACUACUGUGAUCCUAAUGCCACGUGCUUCUCCGACGCGGCUCCAGAUUCUGUUUUCGACAUACUGAACGCCAUUCCAAGGUGCACCUGCAAAGAGGGAUUUGAAGGCGACGGAAGAACAAAGGGGACCGGAUGCUCCAAUAUUGACGAGUGCGCCACAGGCCAGGCGGGCUGUGAACAAAUAUGCAAGGAUUUCGCCCCUGGAUAUGCAUGCGGCUGCUACGAUGGAUACAAGCUUAAAGCGAACGGAAAAGAUUGCCAGGACAUCAAUGAAUGCCUAACCGCAAACGGCGGGUGCCAACACGUCUGCGUAAAUACACCGGGAACCUUCUUCUGCGACUGCGCUGCAGGCUUCACCCUCGGCGAAGACGGCCGAUCUUGCACAGAUGUCGACGAGUGCGCGCUGGAUGAGAACAUCUGUGAACACCGAUGUGAAAACCUGCCGGGUGCCUUCCAGUGCCACUGCAAUCCUGGGUACAAGAGAGGUGCUGACGAUCCGCGCAAAUGCGUCGAUCGCGAUGACUGCGUAGACAUCGACGAAUGUCUUCUCGCAAAAAAGCUUCUUUUUUCGAAGGACAGAGAAGGCCAGGGUGUCACGCCCGCUGUUCGGCUCCAGCAGCAGCGGGAACUGCAAGGGGGAAGGCUCCUCCCUGGGCGGCCGGCUCUCUGCGACCAAAAGUGUCUGAAUCUCGUGGGGAAGUAUGAGUGUGGAUGCUAUCCCGGCUUUGUUUUGCAGCCUGAUGGUCGGUGUGACGACAUCAACGAGUGUCUCGAUCCUAGUCUUCACGGAUGUGAACAACUAUGCGUCAACUUGCCCGGAACUUAUUCAUGCCAGUGUCGGCAGGGCUAUCGCCCGAGCGUCGAGAAGAGGGGAGCAUGUGUCGAUAUAGAUGAAUGUGCAGAAAACCCCGCCUUGUGUGAAUAUGGAUGUACGAACUUGCCCGGCACGUACGAGUGCACCUGUCCUCCGGACAGCAAACCACGAAAUGAUAAGCGAGGGUGUCAGCCGAAUCUGUCGUGCAAAGAAGAUGCCUCUCAGUGUCAAGGAGAUCACGUUUGCCGCCUUGACGGAACAACCCAGAAAUGGAAGUGCAGCUGUCCAGAUGGCUUCGCGGCCGCUCAGUCGUCUCCAAGAAACUUGCACCCCCCCCGUUGCGUCGAUAUCAAUGAGUGUGCUGUGGGCUAUCCGACUGCAGGAAGAAAUCCAUGUCCGGACCUCUACAGGCCUUGCUGUCUGAACGUGGCGGGAGGCUUUCAGUGUGUGAUGGCACGAAGGAGGGGCCUCGCCGCCAACCGGCAGCUGUACUGUGAGGCUCCCAGCUUCGACUUUCAGGGACGCCUCAACAGGUAG